GAGAAAUGGAUCGGAAGAGACCGUAUUCGUAUUCCCCCAAUGUUCGGUCUAGGUCUUUGCCUUUCUUCCUAAAUAAUUGUUUCCCGGCUCUUUUCGCCAUUGUCGGAGCUUCACUGAUUUUCCCUAUCCACUGCCCAAAAGAUGAGGGAGUGCCAUUGGUUUGUCUUGCUGGUGGCGUUUGCUCUCUCCGUGAAAGGCUUAAAUGCUAGUGCAGGCGAUAUUGACCCACAAUACAGAACUUGCGUUAAACAAUGUGAAAAAAUAGGAUGCAUUGAUCAGCAAUGCUUUCCUCAGUGCAAUUUCUCUGUGGAUGGUGUUUCUAUUGAUCAGCCAUGGUAUAUGCAAGAACCACUUUACUUAAAGUGGAAGCAAUGGGACUGCCAAAGCGAUUGUCGUUACCAUUGUAUGGUCAAACGAGAGGGUGAAAGAGAAGCACUUGGUUAUCAUCCUGUUAAAUAUCAUGGCAAAUGGCCCUUCAAGCGUAUAUAUGGGAUCCAGGAACCUCUUUCUGUAGCAUUCUCUGCCCUCAACCUUUCAAUGCAUUUUCAUGGCUGGCUGUCCUUUUUUAUCCUUCUAUAUUACAAGUUACCUUUGAGACAAGACAAGAAGGCAUAUUAUGAAUUUUCCAGUUUGUGGCAUAUUUACGCACUCUUUUCAAUGAACUCUUGGUUUUGGAGCACUGUUUUCCACAGUCGUGAUGUGGAUCUCACAGAGAAAUUAGAUUAUUCCUCUGCUGUGGCAGUACUUGGGUUUUCCCUCAUUCUGGCAAUUCUAAGAAGUUUCAAUGUGAGGCAUGAGGCUACCAGAGUCAUGGUUGCAGCUCCUUUGCUUGCUUUUGCACUUACGCAUAUCUUAUACAUCAACUUCUAUGAACUUGAUUAUGGGUGGAAUAUGAUUGUUUGUGUUACUAUGGGAGUCUCUCAACUUCUCCUUUGGGCAAUCUGGGCUGGUGUCACUCAUCAUCCUUCUCGCUGGAAACUGUGGACAGUGGUUGUGGGCGGUGGCUUAGCACUACUUCUGGAAAUCUAUGAUUUUCCUCCAUAUGAAGGCUUUGUGGAUGCUCAUGCUCUCUGGCACGCCACUACCAUCCCCCUGACCUAUGUUUGGUGGAGUUUUAUCCGAGAUGAUGCGGAGUUUCAGACCUCCAAUCUUCUUAAGAAGUCUAAAUAGCUUGCUCGCUCACUCGUUGAACUGACUGGCUUGUUUCAUUUGGGGUGUUUCUGGAGAUCACAAUUUCCCCUCCCCAUUCAAACAAAAUUAGGCAUUGUUGUAUAACAUUCCAGUUUCUGGGACCUGUUAUUCUAUUUCCUCCCUCGAGGAUCUCAAAUUGACUAAUUGUACCAGAUUUUGAUUCGGAUUCUUUUUUUAUUAUAGAUUUUGGUGUGCCUAUAUUUUUUUUUUCAGAAGAA